AAGUGUUGACAAACAUUACAUUGAUUGCCUAAAGCAGUGUUGUUGAACGAGCUUAAGAUUUAACCCUUCCCGGGAUUACGGCACCAAAUCCGCAACUGUACAAAAGCACAUCUCGGCGCAUAGAGACAUAGAGGAAACGGUCAGUGCACCGCAGUGGAGUCCCUGGAUAACCCGACAGCCGGCAAUCGGGCCACUCACCUGACGCAGCCAGCUCCAGAGUCCCAGUGCACAGCCAUGACGAGCAUCUCGGCGCUGCUGCACCGCAAUCACAGUCACAGCAACAGUCACAGUCACAACCACAGUCACAACCACAACCACAACAGCAAUGGCUACACGAGCAGCGGCAGCAGUAGUCACAGUCACCACAGCAGCAGCCUCUCACCGCCAACGACAAUCGGAGCAGCCACAACGCCGCCGCCACCACCGCCUCCAGCGGUGCCUAAACUACAGCAGCAGCAGCAGCAGCAGCAAUUGCAACAGCAACAACAACAACAACAACAACACAGCUCCAGCUCGAAUGGCAGUUCGCAUCAUGACCACAUUAAGCGACCAAUGAACGCGUUCAUGGUGUGGUCCCGGGGCCAGCGACGCAAAAUGGCGCAGGACAAUCCCAAAAUGCACAAUUCAGAGAUAUCGAAGCGUUUGGGUGCCGAAUGGAAGUUGCUCACCGAAUCACAGAAGCGUCCAUUCAUUGACGAGGCCAAGCGUUUGCGCGCGCUGCACAUGAAAGAGCACCCCGACUACAAGUAUCGGCCUCGACGCAAGCCCAAGACGCUCAACAAGUCCCCGGUGCCGGGUGGCGGUGGAGGCGGAGGCGCUGGCGGAGGCUCAGGCAACAACGCUGGACUGACGGUCGUUGGGCAGCUGGGCAAGGAGCCAGUCCAGCCGCAGCACUCGCCGCAUGCUCAGGGCCUGCCGCAUCAUCACCACCAUCCGCAUCAUCCACAUCCGCAUCCCGCCCAUGCGCACGCCCACGCCCACGCCCACCAUCACCAUGCGCAGCUGAGCGCAGUGGCUGCUGCCGCUGCCGCUGCCGCCGUCUCGCACUCCCAYUCGCACUCGCCCACCUCGCUGGCCGCCAAGUAUGGCUUUGGGUCUCCGCUGGAGCUGUCGCUGCCGCGCGUGCCCGGCGGCUUCCCGGGGCUGGCGCACUAUCCGCUGGACCCAACACUGGCGCUGGACCUGCAGGCGAGACUGCAGGCGAUGUACGCCGGCAGCAUCUAUCAUCCCUGGCGCUAUUUGCCGCUGAUCAGUCCCGAUACUCCGCCCUCACCGCCCAGCAGCAGCGGCACAGGCAUCUCCUCCUACGGCUGUGUCAAGUCAUCCAAGUCCUCGCCCGUCGCCGUCGUCCCAGCGCUGGCCACAACGCCGCCCAACAUUAUUUGACCGACUCCACUGCGCUACGGCGCUGCCGCUGCGGAGCACGCGGUCUAGAUAUGGAGCAUUCACAGCGACUAAGUACCGCACCGCCCCCUUGCACCCCGCCCCACCCAAACUGGUAGCAGCCACUUAUGAGCUGCCCACUUACUUAUGUAGGACCCUAGUAUUAGCUAAAUCUUUGAGUGUUUCUGUUUUACGUUGCGUAUUUCUGUUUCCCCCCUCCCCGACUAUGUCUACGUCUACUCCCUUUGGUUAUGUGGUACUUAACUAUGUAUAUAAACAGCACACAAAUAUAUAAAAUAUCGGAUAUGCUAUCCAAAACGAAAUACACCAACAAAAACCAAAGCAGAAAUUUGAACGGAAACCGAAAUAAAUAAAACUCAAAUUGUUCCUAUCAAACUGGCGCAUGAGUAUAUUCUUGAGUAGAUGCAACGGACUUUGGGUAAGCAAUGGAUGGAUA